AUGCCAAGCCAGCAGAAGAAAAUCCUCUUCUGCAUGGCAGGCGUACUGAGUUUCCUGUGUGCCCUGGGCGUUGUGUCAGCCCUGGGCACGCCACUGUGGAUCAAGGCCACCUUUCUCUGCAAGACAGGGGCCCUGCUGGUCAACGCCUCGGGGCAGGAACUGGACAAGUUCAUGGGUGAGAUUCGGUAUGGGCUUUUCCAUGGAGAAGGUGUAAGGCAGUGUGGGCUAGGAGCAAGGCCCUUUCGGUUCUCAUUUUUCCCAGAUCUGCUCCAGGCCGUGCCUGUGAGCAUUCACAUCAACGUCCUUCUCUUCUCCUCGAUGCUGGUGGUGCUGACCAUGGUGGCAGCGGCCUUCUUCAUGUACAACGCCUUUGGCAAGCCCUUUGAGGCUCUGCAUGGCCCACUCGGCUUGUAUCUCCUGAGCUUCAUCUCAGGGUCCUGUGGCUGCCUGGUCAUGAUACUGUUUGCCUCUGAAGUGAAAAUCCAUCACCUCUCAGAAAAAAUUGCAAAUUUUAAAGAAGGGACUUAUGCCUACAAAACGCAAAGUGAAAAAUACACCACUUCCUUCUGGGUCAUUUUCAUUUGCUUUUUUGUUCAUUUUUUGAAUGGGCUCCUGAUACGACUUGCUGGAUUUCAAUUCCCUUUUGCAAAAUCUAAAGAUGCAGAGACAACAAACGUAGCCAUAGAUUUAAUGUAUUGA